AUUGCCGUUUGCUGUUGUAUUGUAGUGUACUGAAAUAUUAAGCUUGUGAGAUUUAAGGUAGUUUUUAGGUGAAUAAGAUUGUAAGUGGCUAAAUUUUAAUUAUCACUAUGAUGAUCUUCAUAAUAAGGUGGAUGUCAGUUAUUUAUUCUUUUUUGGAUCAACUUUUACAAUAUAGUACAUGGAUUAAAUUAGUUGCAGUUUUGAAAAAAGUUGUGAGCCCAAGUUUUCAUCAAGAAGGUGGAUAUUUUUCCAAAGUACUUAGUGUCAAUUAUCAUUUUACGAGGCAGUGUAAUUAUGAAUGUGGAUUUUGCUUUCACACUGCAAAGACAUCGUUUGUUAUGCCGUUAGAAGAAGCAAAGGAAGGCCUUCGUCUUCUUAAAGAAGAAGGAAUGGAAAAAAUCAACUUCUCAGGAGGCGAACCUUUCCUCCCAGACAGGGGCAGGUACCUGGGUAGUCUCGUCCAGUACUGCAAGGAGGAACUGAGACUUCCAAGCGUGUCUAUCGUCAGCAAUGGCAGUCUCAUCCGCGAGGCUUGGUUCAAGAACUAUGGAAAGUAUCUAGACAUCUUGGCUAUAUCCUGUGAUUCAUUCAAUGAAGAUACAAACAAAGCAAUUGGUCGAGGCCAAGGGACCCGCAAUCACAUUGAGUCAUUGAUGAAGAUCCGGCAAUGGUGCAGCCGCUAUCGAGUUGCUUUCAAGGUCAACACUGUUAUCAACACGUACAACAUUGACGAGGACAUGAUUGACCACAUAAUGCACUUGAAUCCAAUCAGAUGGAAGGUGUUUCAGUGCCUGCUGCUGGAAGGAGAAAAUGCUGGCCCAGACGCCCUGCGCAAUGCGGAGAGGUUUUACGUCACCGACAAACAGUUUGCCGAUUUCCUGGAUCGCCACAGAGGUGUGCCGACACUUGUUGCCGAGGAUAAUGUCAAGAUGCAGAACAGCUACCUCAUUCUGGAUGAAUAUAUGAGGUUCCUGGACUGCCGCGAGGGGGCGAAGAAGCCCUCGCCGUCCAUCCUGGACGUGGGCGUGGCCGCCGCGCUCGACCACUCGGGGUUCGACGAGGCCAUGUUCCGCCGGCGCGGCGGCGUCUACAGGUGGUCCAAGGCCGACAUGGACCUGCAGUGGUGAACAGCGCUUCACCGUUACGCAAACAAGACCGGCGUGCCUUCGCCGCUAAUGCUUUACCACAUAAAUUCAAGAGUGUAAUAUUGUGCUGUGGUGUGACACACUUUGUAAUACACGUAUAUUAAUAAUUAUCUAGACUGAGGCACCAGGAGAAAAUAAGCAAUGCUCGCACCAGAUAUCAUAUUAUUCUGUAGGAUAUCCAAUAAUUACAAUGUGUGGCAUGUAGAAAGAAAUUUAAAAAAGAAAAAUUUAAAUACAUUAAUUAGGUAAAAAUUUUUUUAAAUACAUUAAUUACAUAAAACUAGAAAAUUUUUAGUCCAGGAGUAAUUAUCCUAAGAGAAUAUAUAAGGAUGAUAUAAAUAAUUAUACAAUAUUUUGUAAUACUUCUGAGAAAAUAUAAAGGUUUCAUAAGUGUCUAACAAUGUAUGCUACACGUGCUACCUUGCAGUAUGUUUUGUCUCCCACAGGUAAAUAUGGCGAGAUCACUAAAUUUAAGAAUUCCCCAAUAUAUUUAAAAGGCACUGAUACCUUUGCAGAAUAUUACUUAACAUAAAAGACAAUUUCAUAUAAGUCCACUAAAUUCUUUAAGCAGUCAAAAUAAGCAAUAAUGUUAUUUUUUUGAAACAACAAUAUUUGUCAACUUUUGUGUGGUUAUAGUUUUGUCCAAUCCAACUUAGUAGGUAGCCCUGCUUUAAGAUAUAAUACUAAUCAUCGUUUUAAUUUCUAAAAAUAUAUAUAAACAGGAACCAAAUGUUAGCCCAAGUUGCGAUGUCAGGCCUAUUCUUUAAUAAGUUCAAAUUUUAAUGAAAUAGGUAGAUACCCGGUAGAUAACAUCCAUAAGCUAGCCUCUCAUGAAGUUGUGUAACAAAUAAGAGCAGUGCAAUGGUUUAAGAGCGUAGCUCUGAUGCUGCCACAAGUGGCCGUGGGUAAAAACAGUGGUUUAACAUUUCUGAUUAAUACAAAAUAAUCAAAACUACUCGAGUGAGUCUAACAAAAGCGUAGUGGUGGGGCAAUAGACAAGUUAAACACAUGUAGUAUAUUCCAAAAUUAAUAAUUUGAGAUGAGCAUGUGUAGAACUAAAUUCUUGCAAAUAUUUAAAAUGCUAAAACUAAAAUUAUACACUGUUGAUACCAAAAUAAUUAUAUUCUGUACAUAGUGUGUGUGUGAGUGUGUGUAAGAGAGAGAGAAAGUGUGUUUGUGUUUGUGAAGGUGGCAGAUUACUAAGACUGAUUUUAAGCACUAUAUUUUGUACUGAAUGCCAUUUUGUCAACAUUCAUACAACCAGCUACGACUCAUCUAAUACAGUACUUUAAUAAUUGAAUAUUUACAUAUCUACAUACUGCUUUAUUGGCAAUAUUGUAUGUCAGGUAAAUGGUGAAAGUCAUGGCUUAUUAAAACCAAGUGGAAUAAACUAACAAAUUAAAUGUUUCGGUAUUGAGGAUUAAUACCAGGUAUUUUGCUGAAGGGGCAUUAAAUAUUGUAAGUCUUUUACCUGAGAAGGUUUUAGAGUCAUGGAUUCUGGAAAUCAGAGUGAAAGGUUGAAUAGGUUAAGUACGCUACAUUGAUAACCAUGGGCGUAGAUCCCGGGGGGGCCAGGGGGGCCCGGGCCCCCCCCUUGGGGGGGCCCACUUCGUGAUUUUAAAGUUAAUGGUGUACUCAACAUAUAUAUCAGAUUAUUAUUUACAACGACAGACACUUUGACAUGCUUUACAUUCAUACCUUCGAGUUCCGUAGUUAUUUUCCCUUACCCCUUCUGCGAAAGCCAUGGUAUGGAGUUUUCCAGUGAGAACUUUGAAACCCUUAAUUCCUAGAAACCGUUCAUUCAAAAGGACGAAGCUAGGGUAAGGUUCCGUUAGCAUUUCCUCCCCAUUUUUACCCACACUACCUUGUGCUCUGAAUCGACAGUAUUAUAGGUUUCAGGUAGUCUGUUUUUAAAGUGGUUUUGCUCUCGUGUGCGCCAGUCUUCUGCUUUCUUGGCAAACAUCAACAUGGAUAAUUUCGUGACGCGGAAGAAACGGAAAACAGAAUCUGAUUCUCACCUGGUAAGCUUGAUUGUUUUAUAAGUAGUGACUAUUAUUUAGGUAAAAUAUUUUAUUUAAGUGAUUAUGUAACAUUAUUUUUUCCAGUAAAUAAACAACUUAAUACUUUAACAGUAAUUAUAGCAGAAUUUAGUUUAUUUACGAACUGAAACUUAUAUACCAUUUUCUGGAAUUUUUUUAGCUCAUCUCCAUUCUGUAAGGCUAGCUGCUCUGUACGUUACAUGUGAAUUAUACAGGGAAUAAUUUUUUUCCUCGUCAAUAUGGAAUUUAAAAUCUUUCCUCUUUAAUUAUCAAACGAUAAUUUUCACAAUUCAUGGCCGAUAAUCACUUUAUAACAUUUGUUAUUUGAUAACUGCAACACUGCACGAGUAAACAGAAGAAAGAGUGAGAAAGAAGUAUUUAAACGUUACACAUACGUAUUUUAAGUUAAUAAGGAAGCAAACGCGUCUCUUUAAUAACUAAUCAAGCGGCAUAUUUUAACUAAAUAAUUCACUUCCAAAACACUGAUUAUACUAAAUAUAAGCCGAGAAAUGUAUGUAGUUUAAUUAGCUGAAGGAUAAUUUUCAUAGUUCUAUCUCCGAGAUUUUUCAUUUGUAUCAUUAAGUUUUUUUUCUUUUUUACCUGGUUGAUGCCUUUACAAAAUAAAAUAUUCUUUAAGGGUUUUAAUAUGAUUCGAUCGUUCAUUUGAUGUUGAUCCGUUUAUUAGCUUUGGCGCUUUGGGUUUUUAGGGCGCAUCAAAAACUGUGAACAAAGAAUUUCACGAACAGCAUUUGAAACGCAGUAAUUAUGUGAUGUGGCAUAAAAAAAAACAGACAAAGUGCGAGUCUAACUCGCGCACGAAGGGUUCCAUACCAUUAUCCAUAAAAACGGCAAAAAAAAAAAAAAAAUCAUGUCUGUUGUAUGGGAGCCCCACUUAAAUAUUUAUUUUAUUCUGUUUUAGUAUUUCUUGUUAUAGCGGCAACAGAAAUACAUCAUUUGAGAAUUUUUUUUCUGUUUUCACGUUUGUUGUAUGGGAGCCCCCCUUAAAUAUUUGUUUUAUUUUAAUUUAAUCAUUUAUUUUUAAAUUUAAAUUAGAAUAAACACUUUUGGAAAAUGGUAAUGUAUCGGUGGGGUGUUAUAUAUUUGCAUUAUAUUCACGUAUAUAAUUAUAAUAUAUUUUUUUCAUGGAUAUUUUAUGUAUUUAGGUUAACAAAUUAUUCAAACAUGUUUGAGAGAUCACUGCUUAUAGUCAUGAAUUAAUAAUUACUAAAACAUUUUGCACUGCUUUAUUGUUAAUAUCACUUACGUAAAAAAUAAAGUGUAUAACAUACGAGCUUAUCAUCCAGAGAAGACUUGUUUCGGUUGACCUCUAGCGUAAAAUUCUUAAACCACAGAAUUCACGGGCCCCCCCUGGAAAUCCUACAGAUUUGCGCCCAUGUUGAUAACACAUAAAUUACAUUCUUAUAAAAAUUAUGCAUGUCAUUGUGUGAUGGACCUAACCUAACUAACCUUUCACUCAGUUAUUAUUCAACUCAUUUCCUGGAAGCUGCGAUUCUGCAACAUUCCCAGGUAAGAAAAAAGAAACACUCGUAAUAUUUCAAUGCUUUCAUUAGCUAGCAAUGUGGAAUUGUUUCUAUAUGCCGAUAAAAUUUCUCUUGAUAAUAUAUCUCACUUAGUUCCAAUAAGCUGGACUUUCCACAUUCAACAUAGGCCAUCUAAUGAUAUUUCGUGACUCAGGAUUUUAAAUAAUGUAAUAAUACAAAAAAAAUUGUUUUUAUAGACAAAAUAAUAUAGUUUUAUAAAUGUCAUGUAAAUAUUUGUUAAACCGGAAUUACAAUGGCUUGCUGCUACCAUUUGUCAGUCAACUAGCUCAGUGGUUUACACCUCUCUGUACGUCCAUCAUACUUUUCCAGUUCAAUAAUGCCAACUCACAAGAAAACUUAAAUUUUGGAGAAAAUUUCUGUUGAAAAAGUAGAAUAGUUUGGUAAUCAUGUGACGUAUGGCAUGUAACAGUUUACUUCUGUUCUUCAGUCAAUUUUAGUUUAAAAUGUCAAACUUUAAAAUGUGUUCAAAUGCACGUUAAAAACACGGUAUGGAAGCAGUCAGGGGAAUAUCCAGUUGGGGGAAGGGGGAGGAAGCAACGAGCUGUAGUUACAUAAAAAUUUGUAAUUAAUUCCCACAAACUAUUGUAGGAAACAUUUUUAUAAAUGAUGUUUUUUUUUACUUUUGUUAUUGUUCAUUAUUGUAUUCCACUGUGGACCAUCCUCCCUGAUGAAAGAGGUUAAUUCCAAUAAAUGCCCUUUCCCCCCCCCCCUCCUUUCAAGCAUGAUCUAUGCCCAGGCCAGCAUACUUCACUUCUAGUUAGGACAGCCUUGCAAUGUCACUUCCAGGGACAAGUAUAUUGAUUAUGUACAGGAAAAUUUUGGACACUGCUUAAAGCUUGGCAAGCUUUUGAUGGCCAGACAAAAUUUAUCAGGCCUUCUGAUUGGCUGCAGGUCUCAUGGCUGACAAACAGAGGCAAAUGACGAUUGCAUUGUAAUUCCGGCUCUACCUUAAGUAUUUUAACUAUUUUGGUGUGAAUUGUAAAUUUCUGAGAAUUAUUUUUAACAUCGGUACUGUACUUAUUUUAAAUGGUUUAAAAUUUCUAAGUGAUGCUUGAAGAUUAAUGCAUGAGAUUUUCCAGAGAUAUUUAUUAAGAACUAGGGUGAUAUUUUUUUUUGGUAUUUUAUUAGAUACCUUAAGAUGUGCAAUGAGUAGUGGCAAAAUGUUUUGAAAAAAUAUAACUUGAUAUAACUGUUUUUAUUUAAAGGUUUGUACAGCAUAACUGUAAUAUUGAUGUGUAAAUUUCAGCAUGGACAAAACAAUCAAAAAUGAUAUUGAAACUGGACAAAACAAUCAAGAAUGAUAUUGAAACUAUACCAGAAAUUUGUUUGGAAACUCUACUACAAUUGUGAUAUUGAAUAACUAAAUCACUUCUUUUUUAUUUUAUUUUUUGUGUAUAUGUAUUGCCAGUAGAUAAAAUUUUCUGCAUGAUGUUUUAAAUCCAUUGACUACACUUAGCUGUUAGCAAUAAUUAAAAAAAAGUAGAGAAAUUGACCAACAAGUAGGUCUAUUAAAAAUGUUAGAUUUUCUAAAUAUAACUAGACUUUAAAGAGUACCUAAGUAAAUGUUAUUAAAUUAAUUUAAUCAAAAUAAUGGAGAUUUUAUACCCAAAAACUGUAAAAGUCGAAAGAAGGUACUGACUGUAGUGAUGCAAGAUACAUAAAUCAAAAUAAUUUGGAUUUAUUACUGUGUAAUUUGCUGAAUAGAGUUAUGAAUUAUUUAAAGUGUUAUUUUACCUGUGGAUUAUUGAAUGUUGGUUUGUUUACAUUUUUCCAUAGCAAUUGCCAUUUUGAAAAUGCUGUAUGGAUAAUAUAUGGUUGUUAUUCGUGUUUAAAAUUAGUAUAUUUUUCUUAUGGAAUUUCCUAUUAUAUAUUCUGUAGGGAUAUACAAAAUUAUAUUUUUAACAAAAUGUAAAAUAUUUUUGUAAAUGUUACAGGCCAAAUUUACUCUAACCUUUUGCUUUAGUUAUGAUCAUCUAGACUAGCCACCGUGGAAAAUCCUAAGUUUUCACAGCUGUCUGUGAUCAUAACAAAAGUUAAAGAUUUGGUUAGGUUCGGUUAGCUACAUUUAAAAUACAGUAAAAGCAUUGUCAAAAUAUUUAACAUUUUGCUUAAGCUAUUUUCCACAAUAGUACUAUAAUGUUUCACAACUGUGACAGUGUACCAUUAUUAUAAUGUAAUGUACCACAAUGCAAAGAAGAAGAAAAAAUUAAGUUGCUCACAAAAAAAUGGCAGGAGUUUCACACUCCCCACUUUGGAAAAUCACUAAAUAAAAAAAAAUAUUUAUUUGUUUGUUUCUGUCACUUGCAGGGUUCUUGCAUACAGGGAAAAUUCAGGGAAUUGGAAAGAUUUCUUCAAAACCUGGAAAACACAGGGAGAUUUACAACUUUUUUUUUACAAGGCAGUAAUAGUAAUUUUUCAUAGAAUGUAGAAUAUUAAUGUUUUAAAAUCAGUACUUUUUAAUCAGAAAUUUGUGACCCUUUAAUAAUCUUUAUCUGAUAUUUAAUAUCAUUUAUUAAACUUAAGGA